ACGACCCCACCUCUUCCGGCGCGGUCCCGCGGCUUCCGGCAGGGGGCCCGGCGGCGGGCGACUGUCCGGCAGCUGCGGGGCCCGGGGGGCGCCCAAGAUGGCGGCGGGCGGCGCGGAGGGCGGCUCGGGCCCCGGCGCCGCCAUGGGGGACUGCGCGGAGAUUAAGUCGCAGUUCCGCACCCGCGAGGGCUUCUACAAGCUGCUCCCCGGGGACGGCGCCGCUCGCAGGUCCGGUCCGGCUUCCGCCCAGACCCCGGCGCCGCCCCAGCCGCCGCAACUCCCGCCCGGCCCUGCCGCCGCCUCCGGCCCCGGCGCCGCGGGCCCCGCGUCGUCCCCGCCGCCCCCCGGCCCUGGGCCCGGGCCCGCGCUGCCCGCCGUGCGCCUCAGCCUCGUUCGCCUCGGGGAGCCCGACGGCGCCGGGGCCGGGGAGCCGCCGGCCACGCCCGCGGGGCUGGGCGCGGGGGGCGACCGCGUCUGCUUCAACCUGGGCCGCGAGCUGUAUUUCUACCCGGGCUGCUGCCGCCGCGGGAGUCAGCGGUCCAUCGACCUCAAGAAGCCCAUCGACAAGCGGAUCUACAAGGGCACGCAGCCCACCUGCCACGACUUCAACCAGUUCACCGCCGCCACGGAGACCAUCUCCCUGCUGGUGGGCUUCUCAGCCGGCCAGGUGCAGUACCUGGACCUCAUUAAGAAGGACACCAGCAAGCUCUUCAAUGAGGAGCGGCUGAUCGACAAGACCAAGGUGACCUAUCUGAAGUGGCUGCCCGAGUCGGAGAGCCUGUUCCUGGCCUCGCACGCCAGCGGCCACCUGUACCUGUACCACGUCAGCCACCCGUGUGCCUCGGCGCCGCCGCAGUACAGCCUGCUGAAGCAGGGCGAGGGCUUCGCCGUCUACGCCGCCAAGAGCAAGGCCCCCCGCAACCCGCUGGCCAAGUGGGCGGUGGGCGAGGGGCCCCUCAACGAGUUUGCCUUCUCGCCCGACGGCCGGCACCUGGCCUGCGUCAGCCAGGACGGCUGCCUGCGCGUGUUCCACUUCGACUCCAUGCUCCUGCGCGGGCUCAUGAAGAGCUACUUUGGCGGGCUGCUGUGUGUGUGCUGGAGCCCGGACGGCCGCUACGUGGUGACAGGCGGCGAAGACGACCUGGUCACCGUGUGGUCCUUCGCCGAGGGCCGCGUGGUGGCCCGAGGCCACGGCCACAAGUCCUGGGUCAACGCUGUAGCCUUUGACCCCUACACCACGCGGGCGGAGGAGGCGGCGACAGCCGGCGGUGAUGGGGAGAGGGGCGGCGAGGAGGAGGAGGAGGCCGAGCCCGGGGGCCCAGGCUCUGCCGGAGGCGUCCCGCUGUCCCCGCUGCCCAGGGCCGGCUCCAUCACCUACCGCUUCGGCUCGGCCGGCCAGGACACACAGUUCUGCCUCUGGGACCUCACCGAAGACGUGCUGCACCCACACCCGCCCCUGGCCCGCACCCGCACCCUCCCUGGCACCCCUGGCACCACGCCGCCCGCCGCCGGCAGCUCGCGGGGCGGUGAGCCUGGCCCGGGGCCCCUGCCCCGCUCGCUGUCCCGCUCCAACAGCCUCCCGCACCCGGCCGGUGGUGGCAAGGCCGGGGGCCCGGGCGCGGCGGCCGCAGAGCCCGGCACGCCGUUCAGCAUCGGCCGCUUCGCCACGCUCACGCUGCAGGAGCGGCGGGACCGGGGGGCCGAGAGGGAGCACAAGCGCUACCACAGCCUGGGCAACAUCAGCCGCGGCGGCGGCGGCGGCGGCGGGGACAAGCCCAGUGGGCCCGCGCCGCGCAGCCGCCUGGACCCGGCCAAGGUGCUGGGCACCGCGCUGUGCCCGCGCAUCCACGAGGUGCCGCUGCUGGAGCCCCUGGUGUGCAAGAAGAUCGCGCAGGAGCGCCUCACGGUGCUGCUCUUCCUGGAGGACUGCAUCAUCACCGCCUGCCAGGAGGGCCUCGUCUGCACCUGGGCCCGGCCGGGCAGGGCGUUCACAGACGAGGAGGCCGAGGCCCAGGCAGGGGAAGGAAGUUGGCCCAGGUCACCCAGCAAGUCAGUGGUAGAGGGCGUCUCCUCCCAACCAGGCAACUCCCCAAGUGGCACAGUGGUGUGAAGCUGUGGAGGCUGGGGUCCCCGCGCUGUGCCCCAGCCUCCUGGCCACAGUCCUUCCCGCUGACCCCACGGAUGGCCGCAUUAACAAGACUAACCUGGGACCCAGGACUGCUGCAGGCCCCCUGCUGGCCCAGACACUGGGGGGAUGGCGCAGUCCCUGUGGCCUCUGCCUUGUCCCCACCACUGCCAAGUACAAUGACCCUUCGAACAUCAGUGUUAACCUGCGUCCCUGUCCCCAGCAUGUGACUGGUCACUCCUGGGGAGGAAGCCACGCCCCCUGCUUCUGUCUGCUUUUGGAGAGUGUUAAGUUAUGGGAGCCCCUCAGGGCCCUCCCUGUUCCCCAGGCCCUUUUAUUUAUACUAAAGUUCCCUGUUUCACAGCG